AUGUCCGGGACUUGGCAGGCCCCGGCUUCCGGAGGCUUUCAGGUCACGGAUACUGUAGCCCGGCAGAGUUUUGGCUCUUGGCCGGGAACUUGUAGCGUCGGCGCACAAACGUCCCAUCAAAUCGCGCCCGCAGCAAGCCAGUCGACAGUGAGAGUAGAGGCCCUUUCAGUGCGAGGCGUUCAAGAGUGUUUAAGGGAUCUGGCCACCGAGGCUGCCGACAGUGGCCGCCGUCCUGAGCUUGUCAAGCUGAUGAGGAUGAGAGAGCCCGGUUAUGUUUGGGCGUAUCCAAAUGGCAACUCGCUUCCCAUCGAUACAACUAAUAGAACGAACCCUCUUCCUAGAAUACGUCGGCGAUGGGGUUGGGCAAGCGACACUGCUCGGGCAGCACUCCGCCACGGCAGACGGCCGAGCGAGCGAGAGUUCCUGAGCCAAGGCAGGCCCGGCCGCGUCCGGCUCUCGAAGCGAGCCGACUGA